CGCGUGUCGGCGGCACAAGGCGUAGAGAGGUAGCUGCGCACUGCGCCACGCACGGUUUAAACGCACUCUGCUUCUUGGAUGACAGCUCGGCCAUAACGAGCGGGACAGUUCAUUCGGAUUUUUCAUAUUCCGAAGUGAUUGUUGCUGUUUCUUAUCUUUCACUGAGAGGAUUUACUUUUUUCCCCACGUGGUUGUAUUUGAAUUAUCUUGACCCUGCUGUGAUCCAUAAUGCCAGCUGACACUAUGGAAAAGCAGACGGCAUCUCCCAUCGCUGGAGCUCCUGCCAACGGAUCCCACACACCGGACAAGCCAAAAAAUGCAAGCGAGCACAGAAAGUCAUCUAAACCCAUUAUGGAAAAACGUCGGAGAGCAAGAAUUAACGAAAGCCUUUCUCAGCUGAAGACCCUCAUCCUGGACGCACUUAAGAAAGAUAGCUCCAGACACUCCAAGUUGGAAAAGGCAGACAUCCUGGAGAUGACGGUGAAGCACUUAAGGAACCUGCAGCGCAUGCAGAUGAGCGCUGCGCUCUCUGCAGAUGCAACAGUGAUGAGCAAAUACAGAGCCGGAUUCAACGAGUGCAUGAACGAGGUGACCCGCUUCCUGUCCACUUCAGAGGGGGUUAAUGCGGAGGUUAGGUCGCGGCUCCUCGGCCACUUGUCCAGUUGCAUGGGUCAGAUGAUGUCCGUGAAUUACCCGCAGCAGGCUCCGUCCCAGCCGGCGCACCUGGCGCAGCCCCUCCAUGUGCAGCUGCCAUCCACUCUCCCCAUCAACUCCAAGCUCAGUCCCGCUGAAUCCGUCUCUCCUAAGGUGUUUGGUGGGUUUCAGCUGGUGCCCGCAACAGAUGGACAGUUUGCCUUUCUGAUCCCCAACCCGCCCUUCACCUCCACCACCUCCGCUCCUGUUAUCCCACUUUUCCCGAACGCCGGGGUGCCUGUUGCUGUGAACGCCAGCCCGGUGCACGGCAGCUCCGCACCGACUGCAGCAUCUCCAGUGCACGGGAUGACGUCCUUCUCCGGGGGGCCCCAGGUGGUCAGCCCUGUAGGGGUGAACGCUGGAGCGGACAGCGGUGAAGCAGUGUGGCGGCCUUGGUAGCUCCAAAAAGAAAAAAGGGACCAAACACUUGCAUCAAACUUUCCCAGAUCAAGCUUUUAUCUGAGACUUUUAUUGCAGGAUUCUGCCUGCGAGUUUCCCCCUACAGGAUGGCCACUUUAACAGCCCCACUUGUUCUGAUUGUUUCGUUUUAUGGAACAGAUGUUGCUUAAAACAGCGCAUGCCUUGUUGUUGUUUUCUUUCGAUAUAAUUUAUUAUUUCCAACAUUUGGAUGUCGGUGAUAAAGGUUCCGACGGAAGAUUUAUAGGAGACCUUUAAGAAGUACUUUUUAUAAAAAGGUUUAGUUUUGUACAGAGCUGUUAUGGAUUGUUAUACCAAAGCUGUGUUUUAUAUUUUGUUUUGUGUUUAAAAAAUGAAUUUGGGUGGUAACCCAGGGUUCAAUAAAAGAGAUUUU